AUGUACAUCCACCCCCGUGGAUGGGUAUAUUUCCGGUGUGAUGAGUACAGACUUGUUGUCGACGAAGACAUACGGGUCCCUGAAACCCUAGAGAGGAUCACAAGUAUCUGCAAAAAAGAGAAUCUUGCACUCUUAUCCGACGGGCAGGAACUCUGUAUCGUUGGCUUCAACUCGUAUUCCGCUCUCUAUUUAGCCGUUGACCACACCCAAUGCACCGCGGAAUAUGGCCUCGAGUUCUCUUCCGUAACUCAACCUAUCCGUGAUAUUCCGUUAUCUCGAGAUAAUCUCACUCAAGGCACGAAAAGCACCGUCCCGUUCACUAAAGCGGAGUGUGAGGAGCUUCUACGGGUUCUGGACGUACCACACUACAGCUUCCGAAGGGCGGAGCGCUAUGGCGUGCUCACAUUUCAGCAAACAGAGAUAAAUCGGCGAAGCACGUCGCGCCCGCACUCUGUCUGGCAAAGCUCAUCUAGGAUGUCUCGGAACUGCUUAUGGAUCCUGAUUAACGGUCCAUUAUGUGGUAUUCCGCACUCCUAUCUCGAGCACGUCCAAAGAGCUAGUGACUGUGUUGCCUACGGGUUGUACAGCUAUCGUGCCUCUAACCCGCUAAUUUUAAGUUCGCAGAGCUACUGGAAUAUCUAUCAGAUGGCGAGAGUAUGCGCCAUCAUGUCCGCCUUUGCGUCAUUAGGCAGCAUCACCACCGGUGUGUUUUUCGUAUGGCGGCACCAACACAACACCAAAUUGUCUUCUUCACACACGUUCGCGUACAUCUACAAUGCUCGCAAGCAAAUCUUGGGGUUGCCUGGCCACUCCAUCCUCCUCAGCCUCCCCGCCGCUCUACUAAUGUGGUCACUGAUUGGCUUCAUGGUCGCGCUGUCGGCUUAUUCGCUGCAAAGCGUCACAGACGGCAGCAUGGCGGACAUCGCUACAAUUAUAUACUUUUUCUUUAAUGUGGCGAUGGCAUGCUGGUUCAUCACCGUAAGGGGGGGAGAUAAAGCACUUAAGUAUGGGGGAGGUAAUGCUGUUAAGCGCAACAAUGAAGUGAAUAGAACUGGGGGACAGGGUGCCCCAGGAUGCUGCCUUAUAUACAUGAGGGAAAACCCCCCAGGGACCGAUAAUGGACCCCUGGUAACUAGCUGGUCUGGCCCUGCCCUGCCCUGGGCCUAG